AUGUGUAACUUCCAGCUGAGUGAGGGGGGCGAGGUGCUGAAGCGUUUCAGUGAGGUGGAGGCUGUGUGUCUGCAGGCCCUCAUGGCUGACCCCCUGCGUCCGUUUGUACCGCAGUACCAUGGCUCGGUCAACAGGGGGGGUAACAGUUACAUCCGCCUGGAGGACUUACUGAGUGGCCUGAAGAACCCUGUCAUCAUGGACUGCAAGAUGGGCGUGAGGACAUAUCAGGAGGAGGAAUUAACCAAAUCACACACCAAGCCCACCCUGAGGACUGAUAUGUACCAGAAGAUGGUAAAGGUUGAUCCAACGGCUCUCACUGUGGAGGAACAUGAGCAGCGAGGCGUGACGAAGUGGCGCUACCUGCAGUGGAGGGAUAACACCAGCUCCACCUCCACACUAGGCUUCAGGAUUGAGGGCAUCAUGAUGGAGAACGGCAGCGUACAGCGGGACUUUAAGAUGCUCACCCCAGCCCAGGUCACCGAGGCCCUCCUCUCCUUCACCAAGAGUCAUCUACACAUCCUGAAGGCCUACCAUUCCAGACUUCAGGCUCUGGAUGGAGCCCUGAAGGAAUCCCCAUUUUUCAAAGCCCAUGAGGUGAUUGGCAGCUCGCUCCUCUUCGUCCACGACUGGACCAGUAAGGCCAGCAUCUGGAUGAUAGACUUUGGGAAGACCACCCCGUCGCCCAGCACUGUGCAGCUGAGGCAUGACGUCCCGUGGGCCGAGGGGAAUCGGGAGGAUGGGUACCUGAUCGGGCUGGCCGCCCUCACCUCCCUCGUGGGUCAGGCCAUCAGCCAGGCAGCCUGCAGACAGGAGGAGAAGCAUGGAGAGGAGCUGGGCAGUGUCGCACACACCCUGCAGGAACAGGAACACACACAGACUAAAAGUCAGGGUGGUCAGGGCGAGGCAGCACAGAAUGAAGAUACUUCUGAUUGAAGAAGAGAGGCCACAUCAGGACAAUAUUCACAGGAAUGUGUUCUCUAAUUUACAUGGAUGAUGUUUGUGGAUAAUUGCAAUAGACACUAUUAAUGGAUAGAAUUAUCUUAACUGUUUAGAAAUAGGACAAUAUUUUUUAUAUUUUUCACAAU